UCUACUUGUGUGGCAAUGAUGCAUUGUUUCCAUGAUUCAGGAGAUGAAAUGACUCGAAUUUUCUGGAAAUCUAUAAAAGAUAAGCUUAUUUUUCCCUUUCUGGAACUGGAUAUCAAGUACUUUGAUCUUGGCCUCCCUAAUCGUGAUGCCACCAGUGAUAGAGUCACAAUUGAAAGUGCAGAAGCUACUCUUAAGUACAAUGUAGCAAUCAAGUGUGCAACUAUAACUCCUGAUGAAACUCGUGUUAAGGAGUUCAACUUGAAACAGAUGUGGAGGAGUCCAAAUGGGACAAUCCGGAACAUUUUAAAUGGUACUGUUUUUAGAGAACCUAUUAUCUGCAGAAAUGUUCCCCGCCUUGUUCCAGGUUGGACGAGGCCAAUAUGCAUUGGGAGGCAUGCUUUCGGUGAUCAGUACCGAGCAACUGAUGCAAUCAUAAAAGGACCUGGGAAACUUAAAUCAGUUUUUGUACCUGAUGGGUCCAAUGAGAAGCAAGAAUAUGAGGUUUUCAACUUUACUGGUGCUGGAGGGGUAGCUCUGUCAAUGUAUAACACUGAUGAGUCUAUCCGAUCCUUUGCGGAUGCAUCUAUGAAUACUGCCUACCAGAAAAAGUGGCCACUUUAUCUUAGCACUAAAAAUACUAUUCUCAAGAAAUAUGAUGGAAGGAUGUUGCACUACACAACUUUUUUCUUGCUUAUGUCAUUUUCUUACACUCGGAUUAUAAUGAAGAUUCAAGGACAUCUUCCAGGAAGUUUAUGAAACUCAUUGGAGAUCCAGAUUUGAAGC